UCCAGCGCUGAGCGGUCUCGCAGAGAGUGUCACUUCUCAGCUGAGUGCACUCACAGGCGGGAAGAAAGUCAGCACAUUCUACAUAUGACGUGUGACACACUUAUAUAUAUGAGGGGAGAUGACAGCGCCUGUGACACAGACAUGUGUGUGAGACAUCUCUGCCUCUUACUGCUCCCCACCUUAGGCACAGUCUGUGCUGUGAGUGUUACCGGAUUGGUGGGGAGCCAGGUAACACUUCCAUGUAACAUGACCAAGGAUUCGCUGGAAGCUGGGCAUCGGUCUAAAUACCCGGCAACGUCUGUGCGCUGGCAGAAGAAGGACGGGAAACAGAGGACGGUGGUCUCAGUGCUUUCGAGCGGACUUACUUUCACAGCCCAAUCAAUGAUUUCACGUGUGGUCAUCCAGCAGUCUGAGAUGGAUCAGGGAGUUUUUUCAUUGCACCUGAAAGAUGUACAGGAAGAGGAUGCUGGCAUAUACCACGGGAAGGCACAAUAUGGGGACAGCAAACAGAACUGCUUAGUAAUACUGCAUACAAUAAAACUCACACAGUCUCCCCGUGGCCUUCUUCCUGAGAGGACUUCCGUCAACUUGACAUGUUCUUCUGUUGUUGAUCCGGAACAAACCUCUCCCUCUGUCCGCUGGUUUCACCGAGGGGUCCUCGUCCAGCCAUCCAGCAGAGUUUCACUGUCCGGGUUCGGUCUGUACAUCCUCAGCCUCACUCAGGAUGACCAGGGAGAAUGGAGCUGCGAGGAGGACGGGGUUAGAUCCAGUCUGAUGCUCAGGGUUCUAGGAAUCUCAGGUCCGUCCUCGCUCUCUGUUUACACCGCCUCUGGCUCCUCUGCGGAGCUCCCAUGUAACGUCAAUGAGAUGCCUAUGGAGUGGCCCCUGAGAGUGCGCUGGAGCAGAGCUACAGGCCCCAUCGGUGAAGACAAACAAAUGCUUCUCCUGAACCAUGUGAGAGCUGAGGACGCUGGAACUUACAGAUGUGAUGUCACUUUUAGAAGCCAACAGCUGACCAGACAUAUCAACCUAAGGGUCAUCCAAGUGUUUCCUCCAGGCCCUACAUUUGCCAAAGAGGGUUCCUCCCACCAGUUGCUGUGUAACGUCAGUGGAUUACCUGGGGAAGAGCGUUUUGAAUGGACAGGACCAUCUGAUCCUACAGGACAACAUAAAGUGCUGAGUGGAGCAGUACUGGACCUGCCCAUUGUGCAUGCAAAGGACUCUGGGACCUGGAUCUGCUCAGUUUAUGGGAAGGAUGGGACUCUGGGAAAAGUUGAACACUGGAUCUAUGUUCAUGCUCCUCACACUGCAGGUGUCACAUCGUUCUCAUCAUGGCGUUACAUCCUCCCGCUGUCCCUCUUGCUGGUUUUCGGCCUAAUUGCCAUUGCUGUUGUAUCUUUCCGAAACCGACAGAGGCGUCUGUCUCACCUGGCCGCUCUGACAUCCAUGGGGAGUCCCCCAGCCUCUCACCCAAAGAAGAUCUCGGUGUGAAUGAUGACCUGGAUAACAACGCAGUGGCCACUCUGAUGUCAUCGCCGUGCUGUAUAUCACUCCGCGCCAUGGAUGACUGCCGCCACCUUGCCACAGCCUAACCCUAACCGUGUCCCUCCCCUAUGCAGCCUAUUCAAACCGUCCCCUUCAGCAGACUAACCCUAAACCCCACCCCCCACCCUAACCCUCCCCUUCCAUAGGCCAACCCUAACCGCCCCCACCAGCAGCCUAACCCUGUACGUACCACUUGAAGGUGUCGGCAUUUUCACCUGCUGGGUCCCACCGACGGUAUUUUGACAGUCGGGAUUGGGACCGCAGGGGAUGCCGACUACAUCCUGAUUAUAUCCUUAUGCGUUACAUAUUUACUGAGCUGCAGGUUCUUUGACUUUCUGGAUGAUUUCCUGAUAAAAUAGUCCGCACCUGUAAAUGUUGAUCAAUUGUAUCAUAACUACUGUUUAUAUAUAUAUAUAUAUAUAUAUAUAUAAGUUUAAUAAGAUAAUUUAACUUGUAACUUUGCAGAGAAAUGUAAAAUAAUUUAUUAUAUAAAGGUACAAUUUCUGAGAUUGUCUGGGCUGCGUGUACUGACCCCACCCCCUCCUUACCCUCCACCCCCUCCUCACCUCCUUCUCACCCCCCGCCCCCUCCACAAUCUCCACCCCUUCCUCUUCUCCCACUCCCUCCUCACCUCCCACCCCCUCCUCUUCUCCCACCCCCUCCACACUCCCCACUCCCUCCCCCCUCAAUCUACACCCCCUCCUCAAUUUCCACCCCCUUCUCACCCCCACCCCCUCCUCACCCUCCUCAAUCUCCACCCCCUCCUCACCCCCCACCCCCUCCUCAAUCUCCGCCCCCUCCUCACCCCACACCCCCUCCUCAAUCUCCUCCUGUGUGUUACUAUGUGCUAUAUUCUCUUUUGCAUUGACUGUUGAUAUUUGUUACAUACAAAAUGACGGCACCGUAGAUUUCGGUUACAGGAUCUUUAUUGGACACGGCUUUUAAUCAAUUACUCACACAGCUUAUCUGGACAUUUUCUGGAUUAUACUGACUGGCUGGAAUUUAUUUUUGUUUUGUGGCUCUUCUGGCAUAUUCUUUGGAGAUGUAUCUCAUGUUCCGUGGGCUAUUUGUAACCUUGUGAUUUGGGUAUUCAGUGGGGCAGAUGUACUAAGCCUGGAGAAGGGUUAAAGAAGUGAUAAGUGCAAGUGAUACUGAUAACGCACCAGCCAAUCAGCUCCUAACUGUCAUUUUUCAAACCUGUAAUGAUUGGCUGGUGCAUUAUCACCUUGCACUUAUCACUGCUUUAUCACUUCUCCAGGAUUAAUAAAUCUGCACCAAUGUCCAGAAUGUAUGUAUACACUUCUAUCCCUGUUGAAAAUCAAUAAAUA